GUCGCGCUUGCUCGGAUUGGCCAGCGGACGUUGAAGCGCCCGCACGAGCGCCAACUUCAACAUGCGUAGCACCCGUCGUCUCGAUGGUUCACAACUCGAUUCGCCCUCGACCACCGAGUAGCACAUUCCAUCAUGCGCGGUGAGACUUACUCGAGCAGCGGUGAAAAUGCCCAGGCCGCCGCGACCAACUACCUCCCGGUCACGAGCUUCGACAACAAGAAGCCGAUCGCCAAGCGCCCGUGGUACCGCGUCCGCGACCCGCUUCUCCGCGAGUGCAUCGCUGAGGUCCUCGGCACGUUUGUCAUGAUGGCGUUCAUCAACGGCGUCGUCGCGCAGGUCGUCCUCGGCGAGGGCAAGAACGGCGACUACACGCACAUCUCGAUCGGGUGCGGCCUCGCCGUCACGUUUGGUAUCCACGCGGCCGGCGGCGUCUCGGGCGCGCACCUCAACCCGAGCGUCUCGUUCGCACUCUGCGUCUAUGGCAUCAUGCCGUGGCGCAAGUGGCCGUUCUACAUGGUCUCGCAGAUGAUUGGCGCGUUCCUCGGCGCGCUCUUUGUCUUUAUCAUCUACCUCCCGGCCAUCGACCACUACGACGGCGACCGCCUCUGGAACAAGACGGGCGGCAUCUUUGCCACCUACCCGCAGUCGUACGAGCACCACGGCAGCGCGUUCGUGUGCGAGAUGCUCGGCACGUUCAUGCUCCUCCUCACCAUCAUGAGCGUCGACGACAACAAGAACAUGCCGACGAACGGCAUCAUGAAGCCGCUCACGGUCGGCGCGAUCGUCGUCGCGAUUGGCAUGAGCUUUGGCAUGCCGACGGGGUAUGCGUUGAACCCGGCCCGCGACUUUGCGCCGCGCUUCUUUACGUACCUCGCGGGGUGGGGCUCGGAGGUCUUUACGGGCGCGAACCACUACUUUUGGGUGCCGAUGGUGGCGCCGAUGGUCGGUGCGACCUUGGGCGCGGGCUGCUACAAGGCCUUUCUGUCCAACCACCACGAUGAUGGCGAUGAAGAGUAGGUGCCUGAACGGAAGGCUCGUAGUUGAAGGACAGGGAUUAUGUUGUGUACAUAUACAGUGUUGUUGUGAGUUA